GAUGUGUUCAUAAGUGUGCAAAUGUAGAGGAGUGGAGUAGGUUUUCAUUAAUCAGGCAACAUGCUCGAGGGAAAAAUAAUCUGAAGUGGCUAAGCGCUUGGGAGAACUUUAAACCGAAGAUUUUAGCCACCCAUUGGCAAACACAUUCUUCAAGUUUGAACAUGAAAUGAACUACGAUGCAAUGCUAGACAGUGUCUGACGUGAUGAGAAACAAUACGGAGUUUGUUACUCUGAUCGAGCAUUCACCAACAAAAUAGAAAGUAUUUGCUGACUUAGACAUGAUAACAGUAACAUCGAAGCUGAUGUUUGAUGGUAUCUUAACUCCGAAGGCAACCAAAUGGAUUGUACGUGAUGUUUACUUUCAAUGAAUUUUCUUGAUUAUGAUUUAGACAUAUUCGAAUGCUCUUAAGAAUCUGUACUGCCACAAUAGGAUAAUAGACUCAGAUAAAAGCACGGCAUUUAAUUUCUUCUUUAGACUACAUCCUGGCUCCUAGCUUGAGGUAUAGCGAAGGUUUUGAUCGCCUUUUGCAGUAGCCAAACCGGACGCCCACUUUCUUAAACGUAACAUACGUUCGGCUAUAGCAAACACGGUCGGCACACUUCACAUGCUCCACGUCACGCCACUGUCGACCAUCGUUUGUGCUCAAAAUACAAAGGAUUUACCAAAGUCAUUGUAAUCAGCCCAUUCUAUAACAUGGUCAGAAGAUGGCUCAAGUUAUAAAGCAAGAUCUGGAAGAUGUAAGGAAUAAAGAUGCAGUUGGCACCUUCAAUGAUAAUAUUAUGCAGAAUGCGGGGACAUACGAUCGUUUCGUCUCAGAAACUUAUAUUAUCACAAAAGCAAAAGGGUCUUACAAGUAUUGAAAUGGGGAUUGGAGAACAGUCAUAUUUGUUGCCAGUACAAGCAACAACAAACUAAAACCAAAUAUCACAACGGAAUGGGAAAUUUUCGAAGAACUAUAAAGAAAAGGAUAUAUAAAAUUUACUGUUGGCAACGCCUACGACUAACUGGAAGGAUGGAGCGUCUGUCUUAAAGACUUAAAGAAUUAAAUAAAUAUGAAUAGCAAGAUGUCACCAGUCUUACUCUUCCUCUUCUUCUGUUUAACCAUUCAUUUCACGAAUGGAGGAAAAUCAAAAUACAUAAGUGCAUGCUACUACACCAACUGGUCUCCAGUGAAGCAGGAAGCAAAAGCUCGUUUAUUUCCUGAGGAUUUGCCUGGCAACUUGUGUACGCAUCUUGUGUAUGCGUUUGUCAAAAUCAAAGAUGACUUAUCCAUAUAUACAUCAGAAGAAAAAGAUCUUACUGGUAAUUAUGAGAAGUUUAAUGCACUUAAGAAACAGUACAAUACCGUUACAUUGCUUUCAGUCGGUGGAGAAGCUGCUGAAAACAGACACUUUGAAAUGGUAUCAGCAACAGUGGAAAAUCGAACAAAAUUUACCGAUAAUAUUAUUACUUAUGUACGGAGGUACAAUUUUGAUGGAAUUGAUAUUGACUGGGAAUAUCCAAAUUCUUUUACAAGACACAACUUCACUUUGCUUCUAAAGACAUUAAGAGAUUCUAUUGAGAAAGAAGUAGAAAAAUCAAAGAGAAACAAAUUGGUAUUAUCAGCUGCUGUUGGCGUUGGUAAACAACGUAUCACAAAUGGUUAUGAAGUGGAUAAAGUCUCUAAAUAUGUAGACUUUCUGAAUGUGAUGGCUUAUGAUUUUCAUGGUAGUUGGAACAAAAUAACAGGAUUUAAAAGUCCUCUCUAUGCUCGAAAAAACGAUUUGAGAUACGAAAAGGAACUCAGUCAGGAAUGGUCGAUAGAGUAUUGGAUAAAACUGGGAGCCCCCAAAAAUAAGCUCGUUUUGGGAAUGACAGCAGCUGGUAAUACGUAUACCUUAAAGAAUGCAACAAAGCAUGGUUUAGGAGCACCAGUGGAGAAAGCAGGAGAGAAAGGACCAUAUACAAAACAAGAGGGAUUUCUGUCUUAUUAUGAGAUAUGUAAUAAACUAAACAAAGAUAAUUACACUUAUGAAUGGGAUGAUAUCCAAACAGUACCAUUUGCUUAUAAAGGAGACCAGUGGAUUGGCUUUGAUGAUUACAGGAGCAUACAACUGAAGACCAAAUGGCUAAUCUCUCAACAGCUAGCAGGAGCAAUGUUGUGGUCACUGGACUUAGACGAUUUUAGCGACAUGUGCGGUAAAGGAGCAUUUCCACUAACCAAGGCCAUCCGUUAUACUCUUGACCACGAUGUAGGACUUGUUACUACCACAGAAUCUCCUACAACAAAAAGACCAAAAAUUACAACUACUGCAGGUGCCACUUAUGUUCACAUGUCAUAUUACUUAGCAGCAUAUAUUCUUACAGCUUAUAUCUUCUAUUAUAAUAUGUAAAGAAUGAUAUCGGUUAUGACAUGGGAAGAAAAUAGAGGAACAGCAUCUCUAACAUACUUAUUUAUAACAACCAUGUCUUUACUUCAUUGUGGUUUAAUAUCUGUAACUUUUAAUUCGGUAUUUUUAAAAUGUUUUUAUAUAUAAAUAUAUAAAUAAAAAAAAA